CGAAGCAUGAUCAUGGGUUGGGUUCGAACCAAGGCCCCUUUCAUAUGCCUCCUGCUUGCAGCGUCACACUAGUGGCUGUGGGUUGGUGCGGCAGCACAGCAAAGCCUUGAGCAUGCACGCCAUCGUUGCAUCCACCCGACGCAAGCGAAGGUGGUUGAGCAUGUCGGCUGAGUACGGCAUACUUGCCGCGGCCCCUGCUCCAAGCCGCCACACGCCCGAGUCGGCCUCGGCUUCGUGUCUUUUUAGGCAGACUGCGGAGGUCAGAUGCCCUCACGUCUCCAGAAGCCGGUAUGAAGCCUUGGUGUCAGGCACGGCUCCAAUGGUGACUACCUCGGCUCCGUCAGCUGCCGGUGGCGCAAACGCCAGUGUCGGUUCGGAACGACGCCUCGUCGAGGUUGCUGACAUGUUUGAGCUGGCAACAACCCUUGGCGUGCCGAGAAAGGCCGAUCUCGAGCUGUUGUCGGAGAAGGAUUCCCGUGCCAACGGGCUCGGCCGCCAACUGCAUCGCACAACGACAGUGCAGGCCCGCCGAUGA